UUCAGUGACUGGCCUUUUCUCGUCGAAUGUCCCAUGCUUUCCGUUGGUCAACAACCAACCACAACUCUCUCUAUAUACUUAUUUACUACUCCUACAGGCUUGACGGAGUUAAGCUGUCUGGAGGGAAUUUCAUUGUCUCAAUCAAUCCAUAUGUUUAACAACUUUCGACGCAUCUUUAGCUUUGAUGAGAAUAGUCUGAACUCAAGUUCCAGUGAUAAUACAGCUAUACACAAUAAAUUAGCAGAGUUGAUGACUAAUAAGAGUGCCCAAGAUGUUCUGGUUGCGGCCGAAGCUUUACAUGGCGAAAGCGACAAUAUUGGAUUUUUAGAGCACCUGUUAGAUGAUUUUACCAAAAACGGAGUAGGAGGUGAAGCCUAUAAGGAUGCCAUGGAUCUAGUAAAGAACGGCGGAAGCCCGCUUGAUCAAUUUGAGAUUAUCCCAUUGAUUCCUAUGAAUAUAGGAGACUUGUAUUUCUCAUUCACAAAUCCAUCUUUGUUUAUGCUGCUAACUCUCAGUUUGGUCCUACUUCUGCUUUAUUUUGUUACUAAAAAGGGAGGAGGAAACUCAGUACCAAAUGCUUGGCAAUCCUUGGUAGAGCUUAUUUAUGAUUUCGUGCCGAACCCGGUAAACGAACAAAUAGGUGGUCUUUCCGGAAAUGUUAAACAAAAGUUUUCCCCUUGCAUCUCGGUCACUUUUACUUUUUCGUUAUUUCGUAAUCCCCAGGGUAUGAUACCUUAUAGCUUCACAGUUACAAGUCAUUUUCUCAUUACUUUGGGUCUCUCAUUUUCGAUUUUUAUUGGCAUUACUAUAGUGGGAUUUCAAAGAAAUGGGCUUCAUUUUUUUAGCUUCUUAUUACCUGCAGGAGUCCCACUGCCGUUAGCACCUUUUUUAGUACUCCUUGAGCUAAUCCCUCAUUGUUUUCGCGCAUUAAGCUCAGGAAUACGUUUAUUUGCUAAUAUGAUGGCCGGUCAUAGUUCAGUAAAGAUUUUAAGUGGGUUCGCUUGGACUAUGCUAUGUAUGAAUGAUCUUUUAUAUUUCAUAGGAGAUCUUGGUCCUUUAUUUAUAGUUCUCGCAUUAACCGGUCUUGAAUUAGGUGUAGCUAUAUCACAAGCUCAUGUUUCUACGAUCUCAAUCUGUAUUUACUUGAAUGAUGCUACAAAUCUCCAUCAAAGUGCUUAUUUUUUUAUAAUUGAACAAAAGCAAGGGGCGAGAGUAAAGAGCUUUAAUCAUAUGAAUAUCUUUCGCCCCUAUAGAAAAGAUCAUCAGAGAAUCCAUAACCCCAAUUGCUACGGGAAUACCGUUUAGUUGGCCUAUGCCUGUUUGAACAGCUUCAGUUAAUCCUGUUUUUCUUUGAUAAAAAGAAAUCCGAUCUUUAUAAGCCUCCUCACCCGAAUAGUCCGAUUUUUCCUCCACGGCGAUAAGGGGCUAAAAGAUCUACUACUUUAAUUCCUGUUUCAAAAAUAGAGAAUUUUGUAUCUAACUGUAUAAAGGCGGGCGCAGAUCUAUGAAUAGGAGACGUUGUAUGAGUAUCUACGGGACCUAAAUUAUCAACAGGUUCUCCGAGCACGUUGAAAAUUCGUCCCAGAGUCGAUCCACCGACGGGAACACUUAUAGGAGCUCCCGUGUAAAUCACUUCCAUUCCUCUCAUUAGACCAUCUGUAUCACUCAUAGCUACAGCUCUAACUCGAUUAUUUCCCAAUAAUUGCUGUACCUCGCAAGUCACAUUCAUUUGUUCAUCAACACUGUCUCGCCCUUGAACUACCGGAGCAUUAUAAAUAUUAGGCAUCUUGCCGGGGGGAUUUUACACUUACCACUCAAUGGAUUCUUUUUUUCCCUCUAAAGGUGGACAUGAAUGAGCAGACAUGUUGCCCAUUAGUUCUGUCGGGCAGGCUGUCUUACCAAAAACCUUUCCACUGCCCUUCUUUCUAGCACCGUGCUUUGCUUUAUAGUGAAAAGCGAGCUUCAA